AUGUUGUUGUCGCAUCAAACGCCCUUGAUGAUAUUUUACGUGAUACGUAACCUUCUAAAUGGCUAUUUACCGGGCAUUGAACUGCUGGUGGAUGAUUGGCCGAAGUGGUCAUGUAUCCUUCUCCGACCUAAUUCAGAAAAUAAGGUGAAAAGAUUCUUCGAAAACACCUACAUUUGUUAUACAAAAAAUCUCUCAACCUUGAAAUACUUUAUUCAACGUCCUGACGUCAUCGACUGGAGCAAACCGGCGAUUUUCACAGGUGUACCCAAUGACCUAGUUCUACUUCUUACCGAGAUGACGCGGAAGCAGAAGGGGACACUUUCCUCUUGUGAACCCAGGUUUAUGUACGCGUGGACCAAACAGUCACCACCGGACCAACCCGAAGUGCCAAGUGGUUUGCGCCUGUCUACUCUCGGACCGGAGCACGUGCCCAUUAUGGCACAGGACUGGGAGUGGUCAAGGACGGACAUAGAGGGCUAUUUCCUUAGCGUUGUUGAACGAUUCGACAGCUCGUGUCUGCUUGACGAACAAGGAACACUACGUGCCUAUAUGUGUAUGCAGUAUAACGGAUCAAUGGCUAUGUUGUAUAUUCGCCCCGAGUACCGUAAAAACGGGUAUUUUAAUAUCAUCCUCCGCGAUCUCACACGAAAGAUCCUCCUUAAAAAUGACAUUGCCUAUGGCUUUAUUCCUACACACGAUACUUGUCUCAUUAAUCAGACGCGGGAGUUAGGAUUUGAGUGGGUUCCUCAAGGGGACAUGACUUGGGUGAAAUACACACCUCCCGCCAAAAUCGGGAGUUUGGUCUCGGGGAGCUUAAAGCUGGAGGUGGAGCACAAGGCAGGGAACGACGAGGAAAAGGUGGAGGAAAAACCAGCUCAACCUCUAUUCAUUAACGCCAUUCCAUUAACAAUAGGGUGA